GAGAUGUCAUCUUUCUGUGGCACCAGCAAUGGCUGUGAAGAUGCAGGUCAAGAGGCCACAGAGAAACAGGAGAAGGAGCAUCCUCGUGUACUCAUCCCUGAGCUUUGCCGACUCUUCUAUCAGCUGGGAUGGGUGACGGGGACAGGCGGAGGGAUUAGUCUGAGACGAGGAGAGCAGAUCUACAUUGCGCCAUCGGGCGUCCAGAAAGAGAGAAUACAGCCCGACGAUAUGUUUGUGUGUGAUGUGGAGGAGAGGGACAUCAGCUGUCCACCUGCCUGGAAGAAGUUAAAGAAGAGCCAGUGUACACCGCUUUUUAUGAAUGCCUAUACUAUGAGAGGGGCACAGGCAGUUAUACACACCCACUCCAAGGCUGCUGUCAUGGCAACACUGCUGUAUCCUGGCAAAGAGUUCAGGAUAACACACCAGGAGAUGAUCAAGGGGAUUCGUAAGGGCAUCUCAGGUACCAACUAUCGGUAUGAUGACACCCUGGUCGUGCCUAUUAUUGAAAAUACACCAGAGGAGAAGGACUUGAAAGACCGAAUGGCUCGAGCAAUGGAGGAAUACCCUGAUUCUUGUGCAGUCCUCGUCCGCCGACAUGGUGUAUACGUCUGGGGGGAGUCGUGGGAAAAGGCUAAGACUAUGUGUGAAUGCUAUGACUACCUGUUCGACAUCGCCGUCCAGAUGAAGCAGUGUGGACUGGACCCUUCGGCCUUGCCAAUGGAAGAAAAGGGAAUAGUUUGAAAUUUAAUGGUUCUUUUUGAAAAAACGUUUGUUGCAGAAAGGUCAUUGGGUUCAAUCAGGAGAGCAAUCGUAAUAAUUUGCCUUUCCCAACGGCCUGCUUCAAAUUUGAUGGAAUUUGAUGGUAAGGGCAGAUUCAGAAUUAAAUGAGAUUGAAUUCCUGUGAUCCGGAAGCACCUGCAGGUACGCUGCAAAGCGCUGUGGGGCAACUCAUGACUAAGCUGUUGCCAUUGGACUGGAAUCAAGGUCUUUGUGUACAUCAGGCAUGAAUAACUGCCUUUGCUUAAAUUAAUAAAAACUGAUGGAAUGUAAA